AUGGUAUUUUCCAUUUUGACCGGAACAAAUGAAGAUAAUAUGGAAACAAUUGGUGAUGAUUACUCUGUAGAAUCCAUAAAUGGUAGGAGGCCAUUCUAUGCCUUUCUCAAUGUCGGAUUUGUGAAAGCAUCGACUGGCAAUCAUAUGUUUGGUGUUUUGAAGAGAGCACUGGAUGGUAACUUGAACAUUCCCCACGGCGCCAGGAUGCAUGCAAAGUUAGAUUUAAAUGAGGCCAUGAGAUCAGUUGACUUCUCGCGUUUAGAAGAAAUAGAUGAUGCCUUGCUGUUUGACAGAUCUCUAUUGUCAAAUAUGGUUUAUGCUGAGGAUGAUGAGUCACUUGUAGAUGCAGAGGAGGACGAGUCUAUCCUGGAUAGAGAUCAGGAUCUAAAGCCUCGCUUCCAUUCAUCACAAUCACAUGGACUAGAUGAUAUGAAGAAUGAGGCGGAAUAG